ACUGGCCGCCCGCGAGCUAGGGAUUCGAGAUGGAUUUUGGGGAAUUGGGGUCGCCGGAUUGGGGGGAGAGAGAGACGAGACGAGAUGAGCAGUUGGCAGUUGGGCGCGGGGAUGGAUGGGAGGGGGAGGAAGGGGAUGAGGUGGGACCCAGCUGUAAGUGGCGGAAGCAGCACGGCACAAAGCGCGUGAGUUUUGAAUGCUGCGACUCUCGUGGUAGGAAGUUCUUGGGCCGGUGGGCCGUUACAGGCUUACAGCAAUCGGUUACAUACCAAGAAGGAAAAAGUAUACUUAAGGUCCCUCAACUAGUCAUCGGGAUAAAAAACGUUCUCGAACCACAAAACCAGAUAUGCGGGGCCCUUAACUAUACAAAACGGGUCACCCGAGAUCCUUCGGUGGUUUUGACCCCGAUUUUAGUCUACGUGACGACUGAGUCAGCAUGGACCCCACAUGUCAGCUGGCCACGUCAUCACCCUCUCUCCUCCUCACCCUUUCUCCUCUCUCUCUCACUGUCUCACACUCUUCUCGUUUGGGUAGGCAGCUGGGGAGGAUGUCGGAGGGCUGUUGCCUUCAACGGGGCUAGGUGGGACGAGGGCGUCGGCGGCCGGCGACGGGCGACACGACGGCGGCGGCUGGCAACUGGCGACGCACCGCCGUUGCAGAGGCCGCAGGAGCGGAGGUGGGCCGCCGUCGAGGGAGGAGGUAGGCAAGCAAGGGGGGCGGGGAGGCCGGCGAUGACCUCCUCACCGGCUGCGAGGGGGAGCAAGGCGUCGGCGGCAACGAGGCGGUUCUUAGCCGCGGCCAGCUCGACCCGUAGUCUCUCAAGCUCCUCGCCGAGCGGCAUGGAGGGACGACACGGCGGCGGCAAGCCAGUCGCAUCGUCGGGUUUGAUUUCCGACAGCAAAUUUCCCUGCGCAAACAUCAGAUCGGGAUGGCUGCGGCGAUCAGGAUGCAUGAUUCGGAAGAAGGUCACUACAGUUUUCACUCAAUUUUGUCCAGGAACGUGUCGCCGCGAGCGUCGUGGUGUGCGGAGAAGGAGAACAGCGGGCAGCGUGACGCGGCGGCGAGGACGACGACGCCCAAGCCCGCUCUUUGCGCGGAGAAGGAGAGCUACCGUCUGGGCAGAGAGCUACCGUCUAGAUUUUUUUUAUGUUUGCGUGUGAUCAAGGCUAGACAAAGAGCUAGAUGGUAGCUCUCUGCCUAGGGCCCAACCUCAGCGCCAAGAAAAAUGGUGUUGAGACUUAAGACCUCGGCGCCAAAUCAAGUGGCGCCGAGCUCUGUAACUUAACCGUGUGCUUGCGGCCGACCCAACAUCCCUUUUGUGUUGGCCGUCAACUUGGCGCUGAGCCUACAAACGUCAGUGCCAGGAGUAAUGGCGCUGAGGUCCUCAAUGCCAAGGCAACGCCCAACAUAGGAGCUAUGUUGGGCGGGCAGGCCUCGCGCGGCUGUUGACAGAAAAUACGAGGCCUGGGAGAUCUGCUUAACUCCAGUGCAGGUCCAAAGCUCGCCUUCGGAUGUAUGAGCGUGCCAUUUGAUUUGAUAUUGCAAUCAACAAGAAAUAGAACAAAGAAACCACAAUUAAUCCUAUAAAUGAUAACCGAUCGGCUAGGUGCCGAUGACACAU